CCAAAGUGGAUCAGGGGGACUAUUGCGUGCUAAUAUACGUUGGCUCUUAGAAUAAUUGAUCAGAUCUCUUUGCGCGUUACAUCUCUUUUUCCUUUUUUUUUGUUUUUUUUUUCCAUAUAGUAACAGCCAUGGCGACGGCUUACAACACAAAUGCUCCUGUUCAGGGCAUAUCUUUUUUCACUCCUAAACACAAAGACUCGCCAGGUGCAGUGAUUAACCCGAACGAAAAGACUCCUACACUCUUCAAGCCACUCAAGAUCCGCAAUGUUACCCUCCGCAAUCGCAUCAUUGUAGCGCCCAUGUGUCAAUAUAGCACCGCGCCGGACGGGCCAGAGAUUGGGAAACUGACGCCCUACCACAUCGCAACGCUGGGACACUACGCACUCAAGGGUGCAUCUUUGGUUUUCAUCGAGGCUACUGGUGUGCAGCCAAAUGGACGUAUUACACCGAAUUGUCCCGGGCUUUGGAGUGACGACCAGACCGAUGGCGUGCGCAAGGUGGCAGAGUUCAUCAAGAGCCAAGGGGCCCUGUGUGGCAUUCAGUUGGCUCACGCUGGUCGCAAAGGUAGCACCGUCGCGCCAUGGCUAAGCAGCCGCUUGAGACAGCCAAGCAACAAAGCGCCCAAGGAAGUUGGCGGCUGGCCAGAUAAUGUUGUAGGUCCCAUGGGUGGCGAGGGCGAGUUGUGGGACGGCAAAAGCUACGAUAAAAGCGGAUACUACCCACCAAGACAGCUAAGCACGGAUGAAGUCAAGCAAAUCUCGAAGGAUUUUGCAGCGGCCGCUCGUCGUAGUGUUGAGGCUGGCGUAGACGUAAUAGAGAUCCAUGGAGCUCACGGCUACCUGAUCCACCAGUUCUUGUCUCCGAUCACCAAUCGCAGAAAUGACGAGUACGGCGGAAGCUUUGAGAACCGCACACGCCUGCUUUUUGAAACGAUCAAGGCAGUGCGCGAAGUCAUUCCAGCAAGCAUGCCCCUCUUUCUGCGACUCUCGUCGACGGAAUGGAUGGAGACCAGCGAUUUGGCCAAACAGUAUGGCUCUUGGGACGUCGAAUCGACAAUCAGGGUGGCCAAACAGCUUCCCUCUCUGGGCGUCGACCUUCUCGAUGUUAGCAGCGGCGGAAAUCACCCUAAACAGAGCGUCAACAUGUUCCUUUCAAAGGACUACCAGACUAGAAUCGCGGCACGAAUUCGAAAAGAAAUUCAUGCCGAGGGUCUCAAUCUUCUCAUCGGGGCAGUUGGCUUGAUCACAGAGGCGGAGCAAGCGCGAGACAUUGUGCAAGAAGCCGCAACGCCUGUCGCACAAUCCGGGAAGAGUGCACCAGUGAAUAACGAGAGAGAAUGCAUAGCGGAAGAGGUCAAAGCUGCGGUCAAGAUGACCGAAGGCAACGAGCCCAUGGCUGACGCCAUCUUGGUAGCUAGACAAUUCAUGAGAGAACCGGAGUGGGUUCUCAAGGUUGCUUGGCAGCUGGGUGUGGAUGUUGCAUGGCCAAGUCAAUUCUUAAGGUCGAGAUUCCCCAAAUUGUAGUCGUUCAUUUCAAAAGGCCGGCUUAGACGAGGGAGUAAAUGCUUCACAGUUUCGUACACGUUGUGCGCAUACGGUGAUCGAGCUCACAUGGAUAGUUAAGAGAGAUCGACAUAUAUUGUAGACAAUAGAUUGUCAGUUAAGCAGCCGGAUGCUUAUCAUCGUAUCCAAUCGUGCUUGACUGCACGGGUCCAAUCCAGCAACGUGUCAAGCUAUUCCCACCACAGGAAAUUUUAGAUCGAUAAUUCUCCUCGAGAAACAUCAAAUAGCGAUGGCUAGC